GGAGUGAUUCCGGAGACAGCUCCGUUCAUGGUGUGGCGGGACAAGGUGAUGAUGGAUUGGGACGAGGAGAUGAGGGAAUUUCUCACUGACCUGGACGACACUGCCGAGGGUGGCAUUGUGAACUCCUCGAGCUGGUUGUCGCCGCAACCGGGUGGACAGCAUCUGCGCCCCGCUGGGAAUGGCCGGGUCCUGAUGCUUUGGGAGCACCUGCAUCGACAUAUCGCCGUUCCGCAGGAUCCUGACAUGCCCAUUGGGAACUUCUUGGAGAUGUAUCCUGAGCUAUGCCUCCGAGGGCUUAAAGAGAUGGUGCCCGGACUGGAGUGCUACAUAGAGGAGCUCACAAAAGAUACGACAAUUGAUGGAGGCUACUACAGCACCACGCCUGAUGCGCGGCCAUUGGUUGGGCCUUAUGGUGCCAAAAACGCCUAUGUUUGUGGAGGGAUGGGUACCUAUGGGCUGAUGGGCUCACCGGCAGCAGGAGAGUUGUUGGCAAGGCAUGUUUUGUCAGAGCCAUUGCCCAGCUAUGGGGAUGCCUGCACCUGGCCUCGCAAGACGAGCGCGCGAGCCGAUGAGGUGGUGGAUUUGUUGGAUGAAUCUGCAAAGUGA